AUGAAGAAUGAUUCUGCUAUGACUGAGUUCAUCUUGCUGGGUCUUUCCAGUUCCCCUGAACAUCAGAUGUUAAUCUUUUGGCCAUUCACGUUCAUCUAUGCAGCAGCCUUGUCAGGCAACUCCCUCAUCAUCCUCGCCAUCAGCACUACGAGCAAACUUCACACACCAAUGUACUUCCUGCUCAUCAAUUUGUCUGUAAUAAAUGUGUGUUCUAUUUCUGUUACAGUCCCCAAAAUGCUGCAAAUAAUUUUGUCAGGGAGAAAGGCCAUUCCAUUUGCUGGCUGCAUUGCACAGGUAUAUCUCUUCACCUUGGCUUUAGGGACUGAGCUCCUGCUCCUUGCAUUCAUGGCCUUUGACCGCUAUGCUGCUAUUUGCCAUCCUUUCCAGUAUGUAGUCAUCAUGAAGAGGGAGUUUUGCAUUGGGGUAAUGGCUGGACUGUGGCUGAUAGGCAUGGUCAAUUCUGCAGUUCACACAGGACUUGUGCUUCAGCUUUCCUUCUGCAACUCCAACAUCAUCAAUCAUUUCUUCUGUGAGCUGCCACCAAUGUUCAAGAUCUCCUGCUCAGACACGACUCUGAAUGAAACCAUGGUUUUUGCAGCAUCUGUGAUCAUUGCAAUGGGGAGUUGUGCAUUGACAUUAAUGUCUUAUUGGUUUAUCCUAAGAACCAUCUUCCGAAUCCAUUCGAGAGAAGGGAAGAAGAAAGCCUUCUCUACAUGCUCUUCCCAUCUCUUGGUUGUCAGUUUUUACUAUUCCACUAUCAUUUAUACUUUCCUUCGGCCUGCCUCAGCCUACUCACUAGAAGAAGACAAAGUUAUUGCUCUCCUUUAUACAGUAGUAACCCCAGUCCUGAACCCACUCAUAUACUCCCUCAGAAACACUGAUGUGAAAGAGGCUCUCAAAAAGCUAGUCGUAAGAACACUUUUCCAGAGAGAUUAG